GCGGGGCCGAACGGGCGGCGGGGCCGCCAUGAAGCCGAGCGGGGAGGAGCCGGUGCUGCUGGCGGAGCUGAAGCCGGGCCGGCCCCAGCGCUACGACUGGAAAUCCAGCUGCGAGACCUGGAGCGUCGCCUUCUCCCCCGACGGGGCCUGGUUCGCCUGGUCCCAGGGACACUGCGUGGUCAAGCUGAUCCCCUGGCCCCUGGGGGAGGCCGAGCUCAGCUGCAAAACCUCGGAGCGCAAGAGCCGGGGAGGAAAAGCCGAGGCCAGGAGCCGUGGGGGGGCCAAGGAGAAGACCCUGGAGUGUGGGCAGAUCGUGUGGGGCCUGGCCUUCAGUGCCUGGCCCACGGCUGAGGAGGGGGACACGGAUCCCACCUGUGCCCUGGGACUUCCCUGCCUGGUCCUGGCCACCGGGCUCAACGACGGGCAGAUCAAGGUCUGGGAGGUGCAGACAGGGCACCUCCUCUUCAGCCUCUUGGGGCACCAGGAUGUCGUCAGAGACCUGAGCUUUGCUCCCAAUGGAAACCCCAUCCUCGUGUCGGCCUCGCGGGACAAGACCUUGCGCGUGUGGGACCUGAGCAGAGACGGGCGGCAGGUGCAGGUGCUGGUGGGCCACGUGCAGUGGGUGUACUGCUGCUCCAUCUCCCCGGACUGCAGCAUGCUCUGCUCUGCCGCCGGAGAGAAGUCGGCACUGCUGUGGAGCAUGAGGUCCUACACCCUGAUCCGGAGGCUGGAGGGGCACCAGAGCAGUGUCGUGUCCUGCGACUUCUCCCCGGACUCGGCGCUGCUCGUCACCGCGUCCUACGACGCCUGUGUCAUCAUGUGGGACCCCUACACCGGGGAGCAGCUCCGGACCCUGCGCCACGUGCCCCUGCAUUCCACGCUGGAUUACAGCAGUGACAUCCACACCAGCUCCCUGCGCUCCGUCUGCUUCUCCCCAGAGGGUCUCUACCUGGCCACGGUGGCAGAUGACAGGCUCCUGAGGAUCUGGGCGUUGGAGCUUCGCUCUCCAGUGGCCUUUGCCCCCAUGACCAACGGUCUGUGCUGCAUCUACUUCCCUCACGGAGGUUUCAUUGCCACGGGGACCAGGGAUGGCCACGUGCAGUUCUGGACGGCCCCGCGGGUGCUCUCGUCGCUCAAGCACUUGUGUCGCAAAGCUCUGCGCACCUUCCUCACCACCUACCAGGUCCUGGCGCUGCCCAUUCCCAGGAAGCUGAAGGAAUUCCUCACUUACAGGACUUUCUAAGGCGGCAGGGAGGGCGGAGGCACGGAGGUGAGGGCCCCGUGCCCGGCGGCAGGGCCGGAGGCACCGCAGGAACGCCGAGCCGUGAGCCGGGGAGGGGAGCAGGGUCGCCGCUCCCCCGCUUUUUGGGGCUGUGUGUGGGGACGUGGAGGGAUCUUUUCGGUGUAAUAAUACUAAAACCCAGCCAAAAAAACGUGCAGAGGGCGAGGGGCAGAGCUGGGAGGGGACGCAGGUCCCCCUGUCCCCGCUGCCUGCAGGGGUUGGGUCAGGUGCUUCUGCUUCCCAGUGCAAUGGUGUGGGGUGAGGGCCGAGCAGGGCUGUUGUCACUCGGGUGAAUUCGGGGCUGAGCUGCUUCCAGAACACCCUCCUGUCCCGGGAUGGCCGCUCAGUCCUGCUGGAGCGGGGGCUGUGCUGCUCUCCCGCCACAGGCAGGAGCUGGACAAGCCCAGACAGGUCUCUGGACUAAAUAAAGAAUGAUUCCUCACGUG